GACGGGGAAGGAGCGAUAGCAUAAAGUCGACAUCAUCAUGCACAAGCAGCACAAUUCGCGCCAAGCAAGACCGUCAUACGCCUCGGAUCAGUACGCCGCAAGCAAGUAGCUGCCUUCUGGACCCAUUGACUUGACGAUUCAUGCAUCUUGCGACGACACGUACAAGCUAGACGUCAGCGACUCGGGAAACGACACGCACUGCAUGACCUACAAGUGCGACACAAUAUGGCUAGCGAUCCCGACCGUGGCCUCUCUGGCUGGGGCAUCUUCUUCCUUGUCGCUUUUGUCUUCAUCGUCAUAGGCGGAUGUGCAUGGAUAAUCUUCACGCAAUACCGCGCCCGACGAUUGGGCCUUCCCGCUCCCUCGCUCAACCCCUUCACACGCGGCCGACGACAACAAAAUUCCUAUGUCGCCCCCUCAGCAGCAUCCGGAGGUAUCGGCGGUUGGGUCAAGGACAAGAUCGGCGCAUUGAAGAGCAGUGUUGGUGGAGGUAGAUCAUCCGGAGGUGCAUACGAGCCUAGUGGUGGGUACGGAAGAGGUGGUCACCGCGGCUUUGGUCCUCUGGAUCCUGAUGAAGCCUGGGAUUCUCGUGUCGGCAACGAGGCAGACUACGGCGUCAAUCGUGAUGGUUACUACGAGGAGCAUGACUUGGGCGCAUCAGACAUGCACUCGCCCUAUGGUGGACAUGGAUAUGGUGGAGGAAGUGUCGGUGUCGGAGGCAUUGAAGAGACAAGAGGACGUGCUGCCAGUCGUCAACGCGAACUCGAUUCAAGAUACGAUGAAGAGAUGCACGACAACAACCCAUUCGGCGAUGACACUGCUGAGCGCAGUAGCUUGAAGAACAACGGCUCUCGUCCGACUGUCGACACAACCGUUGGCGCCUCGGCCCAGAAGCAACCGCAUCACAAGAACCAACAGAGUCUUGGUGCUCAGACGGUCGAUUCUCCCUCAGAGCGACGCAGCAUCUUCCGCGAGGACAUGUAAUUGCUUUUACGACAAUUCACGAUAAUUACGGCGCAACUUUGUUUCUGCUAUUCGCCCUAUUGCCUUGGAUCUUAUCUGUAUUCGAAGAUUUGGCCUUGCUUGAAAUUCACUUUCUUUACCCGUGCCACUCAUCACUUCGGCGCUUUGUUUUGAUGAGUCUUCAUUUGUUACACGCAAAGACACAGACAUACUGUGGUUGAACUGCACUCUCAGAGGACCAACACUACCAAUCACUUCAAGUA